AUGACUGCUGAAGGCAGCUGGGCCGCACCCACUAUGGGUUGGAGAUCGCUGAUCCCCUUGACGACUAUGUUCUUCGGCGGCACUUCUCGAAGUCACUUCGGCGACACUUCCAGAACAAGGAAGACAACGAUUGACUUUUAUAACAUAGCAAAGUUUCUCAAAGUUCUUGGUGCCAUAGAUUGCACGCAUGCCCGUAUACAGUGCACGGGAGAUGACAACGGGAUUUGUUUCGGAACAGAAAAGGAUACUUUCAUUGAAUGUUCGGCUGUAUGCAAUGCCAAGCUUCUGCUAACUAAUUUGGAGAUGGAGGAUAUGAUGACUCCACUUCUAAGUCCUAAAACUGAGGCUGAGAGACUAUACAAUGAGUCACAAAUACGAACUGGGAAUACAAUCGAACGCUGAUUCGGAGUUCUGAAAAGAUGGUUUCCAGUUUUAUCUACGGGCAUGCGGAUUUCUUUAAACACAGCAUUGGCAGUAGUAGUCGCAUGCGGAUUUUUGCACAAUAUUGCCAUUUUGGAAAAUAGUCCAUAG